AUGCAUUGGUGUGACUCCAUCGAGUUCGAGCUCGUAGGCACAGAUUGUCGCAAGGACCUUGAUCACAACUCUCAUAAGUCAAUUAUGCUCGAGGAUCUGCGACUCGAAAGUCAAAGAUGCGAAUUCUGCUCAGAUUUACUUCGUUUGAUUGAAUACCGCCUGCGCUGCGAUGUAGCAAAGAGAGUUAAUGAGCGACACACGCUGCGUCUAACAGACGAGGAGAUUCGUCGUGACACAUUGGUGCAAAUUGGCGUCCAUUUCGCCAAAGAGGCCCGUAAUUGGUCCUUUAAUAAUGAAGGUACGAGUUACCGGACAGUCAUUGAUCUUACGGUAUUAUCUGGCUUGUAUCCUGUCGACAUCUUGCUUCAACGAGCUGGCCCCGGAGGACGGGUUCCUGUUACUCACAAGUCCGAAACCAAGUAUGGCUCCAAUACAUUUUCUUAUAUUGCCCCUGGUAGUUGGGGGACGGAGGGAUCUGUGUCCCUUUGGGACCUCUCGUGGGAGGAUCAGCCCCGCUCGACUGCAGGACGCAUAGAGGUUGCGCUUGGACGCCAGCGACCGCUUCAGAUUGAUUUUUCCACCUUGGGGCGUUGGAUGAAUAUCUGCGAUGGCGGCCAUGCACUUUGCAAAAGCCAGUACAGGGCAGCUCGGGUUCCACGUCUCCGUCUUGUGGAUGUCAACAAAAUGUGCAUCAUCGAUGUUUCUAGCAGGGAUCAUUAUCCCAAAUUUGCGGCUCUGAGCUACGUGUGGGGGACAGAACCGUUCUUGAGGCUUUCUAGAGACAACCUGAAGCAUCUCAUGACACCAGGCAGUCUCGAUAAAACGCCGCCACCACUGACAAUCCGGGAUGCUCUACAAAUAUGUAAUGGUCUUCAAAUACAGUUUAUCUGGGUGGACAGCUUAUGUAUCAUCCAGGAUGAUAAAUCUGACAUGAUUGAGAUUGUUGACAGCAUGGACUCUAUUUACCGGCAGAGCGUUAUCACUAUUGUUGCUGCUUCCGGUGCGAAUGCUGACGCUGGUAUACCUGGGGUUCGCCCAGAGACAAGACACUUGGAGCAACAUACAUUACAAGCACGAGGUGUCCCGUUCAUUGAUUCAGUAGACUCAAAUCAACUAGGAUUGCUACCCUUUGAUGCGGAACCUAUGUGGGUAUCGGACACACCGUGGGCACAACGCGCCUGGACGUUUCAGGAGGGUCUGGUCUCGAGACGACUGUUAUUCUUCACUGCCGAACAGGUUUAUUGGAGUUGCCGUAGGGGCCUACUUAGCGAAGACACAGUGGAGCAUUUUUCAUUGGAAGAUGGCGAUGCAGAGCCGAAAAGAGACUUGUACAACAAGUUCGACCCAAAGGAAUAUCAGUCCCUCGCCAUCACCUUCUCGAAACGCAACUUGACCUAUGAAUCAGACAUUCAGCGCGCCUACCUUGGGAUCCAGAAUCACCUAGAUAAGAAAUGGGGCGGCCACAAAUUCUCUUGGGGUCUGCCUCAUGGAUGCUUUGGCUCAUUUCUCAUAUGGGAGUGGCAGUUUAGCACGGGAAGUAGGUUACGGAAUGGAACGCAUCCAAUUAAAAGCAUUGACGGUACAGUCACGCGAGCCUCAUUUCCAUCUUGGUCUUGGAUGGGAUGGACAGGGGGCCACGGGAUUUCAUAUUCGCUUGUUGAUGAUAAGACCGCUCACUGUCCAUCAUUCUACACAUUCAACUCAGUCGCUAAAUUGAUCGCGAUUCAAGAUGGACAAUAUCAGACCAGGAAACCGAAACCCCUGGCUGAGCUAUUACCUAGUAGUGAGACUGGUAAUGGAGACAGCAACUGGGAAAAAGACAUCACAGAAGCAGACUUUACGCCUACCCUGCUUUCAACCCCAGCUAUGAAACAUAGCGCGCUGUUAUUUUAUACACAGACAGCAAGAGUAAGAUAUGACCCUACAAUUGCUGCCGGUGACACGUCAGAGUUUGGCACCACAAGCGAUUUCAGCGAAAUUGACGAGACAUACCCAUUCUCCGUUGUGAUAGGGAGCGAGGUCUACCAUAUUCUCGAGGAGCACCAACAGAAAAGUCAGCGCUAUACAGGAACACUUGAGCAAGUAAAACUCGCGGCCGUUUUUGCAAAAGUUCGUCCGGGUCGCUUUGGAACCCGCGAUAAAUUCAAACUCUAUUGUUGGCCUAUUAUCGAAAGAGACGGGAUGUGGAUGCGAGCUUCAAAUACGAGCACCGUACUUAGUCUUGAAAUGUGGAAGAGUCUACCACGGAAGAGGUGGGAACUUGUAUCCAUGAUAUGA